CUUGAACCUCCCUUACGACCCUCGCUCACGACCCACCCACGAUGGAACGUUCCAAUUCCACCUCUUCUCGCCCAAAUUCUACCUCUAGUCCAUACUCAUCCUAUCAUACCCGGUUCCUAGAACGAACUUCUUCCAAUGCAUCGUCGUCCGGUACUCUUUCUCGCAACAACUCUUUAUCAGGAGCAAUGAAUAUUCUCACAAGCAAUCCAACCGGAUCGAAUCCAUCGUCGAGGAGGUGGACACCAUCACAUCGUAUAUCAAACAGUGUCGAUGCUGUUCGAGGGAAGUGGGAAGAGAGGUCAAGAGAAGAGAAUCUGACUGGCUCUUCGACAGCUUCAAGUUCGUCGUCGUCCACAACAACCAAAGAUGACACUAAAUCGCCUUCAUUUGCACGACUUCAAAUGUCUGUAGAAUCUUCAAAUCAUAAUUCUGCUACUUCCUCAUUGAGCAGAACUCCGAGGUAUAUAAAACAACAGACUAUGCCACCGCCAAUCAUUGCCUCUCCUUUGUCCCCGAAUGCAACCGGAGUUUCAGUAGAAGCUGAUCAUCCGGCAUCAGUAUCACCCCAACGCAUUCAUUUGCCCUCACCUGUGUACGAUCGUUUCCAAAAGACACCUGAAGAAACAGCCACACCUUCGCGUAUUCGGCGUAAUACUUACGAUUUCGACUCUUUCUCCCGCACAGCGUCUGUCAGAGGCUCCGAAUCACAGACGAGGCGUUCAGCUGAAACAACUUCGUCCACCGAUGCUACCUCGAAUGUGCUUAACCGGAGACCCACGUCCGUAUACGCUUCUGCUCGAGCCUCUUUCGAACAAUUGGAAAAUGCCAGCCGUUCAACUUCUCCUAAAACUGAAUUAUUCUCUAGUCCCAACCGCAGACCAACAUCUGUGUAUGGCCUUUCUCGAUCAUCAUUCGAUUCUGCACCCUCUUAUCGUCCAUCGCCUGUCCCUGAACCCACCCUCAACCACAGACCAACAUCUGUUUACGGCUCUGCUCAUUCCUCAUCUGAAACCUCGUCUUUUCGCGCCACACCCACAUCGCCUAGCGUUUCAGUAACAGUGGCAUCCCCUCCAACGACCCCUUCCUCAGUCAUGUUUCCUCCUGUAUAUAAAAGCUCGUACAUGACGGACAAAGUGAACAAAUAUGGAUCAUCUUUGACCGCAGGCCGUCGUCUUGGUAAACACUUACCAAGGAUAGCGAGCGGGGACCGCGAUGAAAAUUGGAAUCCAGAGGAAGAGGCGAGUGCUACUCCUACUAAACGCGAGCUAGAGCAGUCACCGUCGGCGAAUCGGAGAGAAACUGCGAAAGAGAGAAGAGAAAGGAGAAUACGCAGGCAGCAAGAUUUGGUUGUUCCAGCCGUUGAUGGGGACGACGUAGCUGGUAUACCAGGACGGCUACGACUGUCUAAGAAUAGAGCACCUACCACCCCAGUACCGUCCUCUCGAUUGGCGAGAGGGCUUUGGGCAGAUACGCAACGUCAUCUCAUUCAAGCUUAUGAGUAUCUUUGUCAUGUUGGAGAAGCUCAGCAGUGGAUAGAAGGUUGCCUCGGCGAAGAGCUCGGAUUUGGUGUUGUAGAGAUGGACGAUGGAUUACGGAACGGUGUGGUGUUGGCUAAACUGGUGAGGGCAUUUCAAGGCGAGGCUGCCGUGAGAAGAAUAUAUGAGGCACCCAAACUGGAUUUUCGGCACUCUGACAACAUCAACAUCUUCUUCACCUUUGUUCGAGCGGUUGGACUACCAGAGUGCUUCAUCUUCGAAUUGACCGACCUUUACGAAAAGAAAAACAUUCCGAAAGUUAUCUACUGUAUCCAUGCUCUCAGUCAUCUUCUUGCUCGGCGGGGCAUGGCCGAGCGCAUAGGAAAUUUGUUGGGCCGCCUCCAGUUCUCAGAUGAUCAGCUACAGCGAACACAGAAGGGGCUUAAAGAUUUGGGUGUUGCGAUGCCCAACUUCGGGAACGUCGGGCGAGAACUGGCAAAAGAGAUAAAUGAGGAACCUGAGGUUGAGAUCGAGACGGAAGACGAACGACGUGAUCGUCUUCUUUUGGAGAACGAGUCAUCGAUCAUCGCGUUACAAUCUCACCUACGUGGCCUCCUAGCGCGUCAAGACCAUGCGAAUCUUCUCGCACGAUUGCGCUUUAGUGAAAGAAACGUGGUCAAAGCACAAGGACACUGCAAAGGUUUUCUGACUAGACGAAGAAUGGUUCGGCAACGACAAGCGCGCGAUAACCUCAAGCCAUGGGUGAUCGCAUUGCAGGCUCUUGCGCGGGGUUCUCUUAUGCGGCAGCGGUGGUAUAUCCAUGUUCGUAGAGUCAAGCGGUCGAGGACUUGGGCCAUUCAGCUUCAAGCCCAAAUUCGGGGUGUUUUGCAACGCCGACGGUUCAUUCGCCUCAAGGCCGCCUUGCGAACGAGCCAAGUUUCAGUCGUUAGACUUCAGUCAAUUGCUCGUGCGCGUUUGACUCGUCAAACCCAUCAAGAACUUUCCAGGACAUUUGCUCAGCCAAUGGUGCUCACCUCUGUUAACACAUUCCAAGCUCACUGCCGAGCAAUGCUCACCAGGAGGAAAAUUGAAAAACAGGCUUCGGUUCUUCAUGCCCUCGUCCCUGACUUUGUUGGCCUCCAAGCACAUGUCAGAGGUGUUUUGACGCGCCGACGUAUGCAUAAACAGAUGGCAAAACUCGAGGAUAUAAGCCAAACCGUGAUCCGUAUACAAGCUGCAGUCCGCACGUACCUUGCUAGGAAACGGCUGUUGAAUGUGAUUCGUGGUCUGCGGAAGGCAACUCCCGUCAUUAUCAACUUUCAAGCUCUUGCUCGGGCUAGUAUUUCCCGACAGAAACACCAAAAUCUCAACAAGGCCCUGAUCAACAUUCAAACCGUCACUUCGGUCAACAGUGUCCAGACGUUUGCUAGAGCGUUCCUAGCUCGUAACCAUCACAAGGAAUUGUGCCGGAAGCUGGUGUUCACCACACCUAAUGUCAUUGGUUUGCAAGCUGCAGCACGAGGAUUACUGGUUCGAGAGUCUUAUUGUGCUUGGAGGGACCACCUUCAUAUGAACGAGCAUGUUGCCACAUUACUCCAAGCCAUGCUUCGUGGUGUGUCUCAGCGACGCAAAUUUCGGGCGAAAAUGAACUAUUUUCGCGCCAAUCUCAGUAAGGUCGUGAAGAUCCAGUCUCUAUUUCGGGCGAAGGAGACACGCGAACAGUACCGACAGCUGACGCUAGGGAAGAAUGUAACAGUUGGAACCAUCAAGAAUUUUGUUCAUUUACUAGAUGAUUCGGAGGCUGAUUUUCAGGAAGAAGUCAAGGUCGAGAGGUUGCGGAAAAGAGUUGUCGAGAGUAUCAGAGAGAAUCAAAGUUUGGAGAAUGAUGUGAUGGAUCUCGAUGUUAAGAUUGCGUUGGUCGUACAGCAAGUCAAAAGCUUUGAGGAGGUCAUGAAGUAUCGUGGAAGGCAUGGGCCCGAUAGUGCGGUCGCUCAUGCCGCACGAACCUCGCUUCUCGCCGCGCACGGUGACCCUUUUUCUGGCCCGAAUACAUUAGAUCAAACUGCGAGGAGAAAAUUAGGACUUUACCAACAACUUUUCUACCUCCUUCAAUCCAGAAGAGAGUAUCUUAGUCGGCUAUUCCUUCGAAUGUCUCUCGAUGACAUUACCGAGAAAGACAGGCGUUUUAUUGAGCGUGCUGUCCUAACAUUGUUCGGAUAUGGCCAAGAUCGCAGAGAAGAUUACUUACUCCUGAGAUUGUUCCAAGCUGCUAUAUUCGAUGAGAUCAGUUCUGUACCUUCGAUCAAUCAGGUCAUCCACGGUCACCCCAUGUAUAUUAACGUUGCUGUCCACUAUGUCCGCCCAAAACAGAUAAGCUAUGUGAAAGACGCGUUCCAGGCGAUCAUCCUCAAAGUCAUAGAGACACCCGAACUUGACCUCGAAGUGGAUCCCGUCGCCAUACAUCGAACCAGGUUAGAACAGGAGGAGAUGAGGAAUGGAACGACCACGUCUAAGCGCAAGGACGUCUCUUUCCGUGAGGCUCUGGAUGAUCCAGAUACAAGGCCGGUGUAUAUUAGGCAUUUGCAAGUUUUACAGUGGUGGACGGAAGCUUUCGUGACGGCUAUCACUCAAUCAACCCGCAAAAUGCCCUAUAGCAUGAGAUAUUUGGCACGCGAGACUCUUCGGUCUGUUCGAGAACGGUUCCCCGAUACAUCAGAUGAAGCUUGUGCUGCUUGUGUCGGCCGCAUUGUCUACUAUCGUUACAUCAACCCGGCUAUUGUUACUCCCGAAACCUUCGAUGUCGUCUCGAAUACAAUUGACGCCGGAAGUAGGAAAAAUCUAGCACAGAUCUCGCGGGUACUGACUCAAAUCACCACCGGCGUCGAGUUCGAUGACGAUAGUCCAAGCUAUCUUGCUAUUAAUAGCUAUGUGCAGAAGGCUAUCGGGGAGUUUUCAACCUGGUUACUUCAAGUGGCGGAUGUACCUGAUGCGGACACCCAAUUCCACGCCCACGAAUUCCUGGAUGCAACAGUACCUCCAAAACCCAUCUAUAUCUCUCCAAACGAGAUCUAUACUACUCAUAGCUUGCUAAUGAAACACAUCGAUGAUGUGGCACCCAAUAGUGACGACGCGCUGAGAACCAUCAUCAGUGAAUUGGACGGCGUACCGCAUUUUGGUAGCGAGGAAUUGAAGGAUGCUCGAGAUACCGCGAUCACCUUGGAGUUAACGAACCGCUUUGCAAACGUCCAAGGUCCGUGGCUGGUGCUUUUUUUGCACGUCAUAAUCUCAAUCGCUACAGAUCCACAUGCGGAUGAGAAGACUCUUUGGGUGCAGGCUAAGCGCGGAGUUCUGGCCAUCUUACGUGUACAGCCGGCACAGGACCUGCUUGCCUCUCUUCUUCAGCCAGUUACUGAUGAAGAUGAAAACGUUUGGGAGGACAUCGUAGAGGCAGAGAUGGAGAAUGAAGUCAUUCGUAAUCAUGACAGGCGCCAACCGUCGACUGCUGGACCGGAGUCGGCUGCAUAUAGGUUGGAAGACAUAAGAUCGUUGACCUUCCGUCAAGUGAAAGCCUCAGCCAUCUCUCACCUUCUGGAGCUUGAAAAGCAAGGAAAAAUUACUCGAGACGAUGGAUUCCAGGGGAUCCUCAACGCGAUCGCUAAUGACGUUCGGAGUAAGCAUAGGAAGCGUUUACAACGACAACAAGAAAUGCAGAGUAUGAACGACGCCUUACAACACCUGGCAGAACGCAAGGAAGCCUUUGAGGAACAGAUUAACAGCUACCACGAUUAUGUUAAACAAUCGAUGGAGACAAUGCAAAGAGGGAAAGGGAAGCGGCGUUUCGUCAUUCCUUUCACCAAGCAGUACUUCCAUUUACGGGAACUUCAAAAGUCUGGCCAAACUCCCAAGUUUGGCUCUUUCCUUUAUACUGCCAAGUAUCUGUACGAGAAAGGGAUUCUGCUCUCCAUUGAUCAAUACUCUCCUCGACAAUUUGACAAAAUUCAGAUCACGAUGUCGUCGGAUACAGCUGGUGUCUUUACUGUGACGAUGGAUUCGACUAUGCUCGGCGCAGUCACACGUAUUGCUUCGGAAGAUGUCAAAAUUGAGGACCUUCUGCAAGCAAAAUACGAACAGCGCGCUUCACUUUCCUUGUUCAAAGGAAAAGCAAAAAUGAAUUUUGAAUUGUUCUUAUACCAAAUCAACAAAAAAUUCUACGUAUAAUUUGGCAUAUCACUUAAUAUUUAAUUUGGCGUGUCCCCCGCACUGCACCAUCUGUCUGUAUCAACCGAAAAUCUUUAUGUACUCUUCGUGCUUUUCAUGAAAAUGGUUAUGAUGAUAUCUAACAGCCUAUUGUACUUUUACUUCUUGGACCGGUCGGUAUAUGGGAGCCGGGUAUAUAGCGACCUGUGCAAAUCCGAAACCGUAUUCAACUGACUUACCAUUUUGAAUAUAUUUGUCUGCAAUGGC